AUGCAGAUCUUUGUGAAGACUUUGACUGGCAAGACCAUCACCCUUGAAGUGGAGCCCAGUGAUACCAUUGAGAAUGUCAAGGCUAAAAUCCAAGAAAAGGAAGGCAUCCCCCCAGACCAGCAGAGAUUAAUCUUUGCCGGGAUAAAGCUAGAAAAUGGUCGCACCCUGUAUAGCUACAACAUCCAGAAAGAAUAUACCCUGUACUUGGUCCUUUGUCUCAGAGGUGGGAUGCAGAUCUUUCUGAAGACCUUGACUGACAAGACCAUCACCCUUGAAAUGGAACCCAGUGACAGCACUGAGAAUGUCAAGGCAAAUAUCCAGCACAAAGAUGGCAUCCCCCCAGACCUGCAGAGAUUGAUCUUUGCCGGGAAGCAACUGGAAGAUGGGCAUAUCCAGUCUGACUACAAUAUCCAGAAAUAA